CUUUAUCCACCCUCCCGAGGAUGAGGCGGCCGCCGCGGCGGUUGAUGCUGUCUCUGCUGGGGGUGCUCUGGCUCGCCGCCCUCCUUCUCUUCUUCGGGACGAGAAGGAAGUUUGAAGCGGCGGGAGCUGAGGGGCGCAUGCUGGAGGGCUCGGACACGGAUUGGGACGACCUUUGGGAUCAGUUUGAAGAGCGGAGGUACCUGAGUGCCCGGAGGUGGAAGGGAGGAGAGGACCCAUACCGGCUCCAUGCCUUUAACCAGCGGGAGAGCGAGAGGAUCCCCAGUGACCGUGCCAUCCGUGACACACGCCAUCACAGUUGUAUGACUUUGCACUAUGGCCAGGACCUCCCGCUGACCAGUAUCAUCAUCACCUUCCACAAUGAGGCCAGGUCAACCCUGCUAAGGACCCUUCGGAGUGUGCUGAACCGCACCCCAGUGCACCUCGUCCAUGAAAUCAUACUAGUGGAUGACUUCAGUGAUGAUCCUGACGACUGCAGCUUACUGGGCAAGCUCCCCAAGGUGAAGUGCUUGCGAAAUGGACGACGAGAAGGUCUGAUCCGGUCCCGAAUCCGAGGUGCAGAUGUGGCACAAGCAGAAGUCCUGACCUUCCUGGACAGUCACUGUGAGGUGAACAAGGAUUGGCUGCUCCCUCUCCUUCACAGAAUCAAAGAGGAUCCCAGUCGAGUGGUCAGCCCUGUCAUUGACAUCAUCAACUUGGACACUUUUGCCUAUGUGGCAGCUGCCUCAGACCUCAGAGGAGGUUUUGACUGGAGUCUGCAUUUCAAAUGGGAGCAGCUUUCCCCAGAGCAGAAAGCCAAACGACUUGAUCCCACUGAACCCAUUAAGACUCCCAUCAUUGCCGGAGGGCUAUUUGUGAUCAACAAGUCCUGGUUCAAUCACCUGGGGAAAUAUGACAGUGCCAUGGACAUCUGGGGUGGGGAGAACUUUGCUGUGUUUCUUGUAGAAAUCUCUUUCCGUGUGUGGAUGUGUGGAGGGAGCCUGGAAAUCAUCCCCUGCAGUCGCGUUGGACAUGUCUUUCGGAAGAAACAUCCAUACGUCUUUCCAGAGGGAAAUGCCAAUACAUACAUUAAAAACACCAAGCGCACAGCAGAGGUGUGGAUGGAUGAAUUCAAGCAGUACUACUAUGCAGCUCGUCCUGCAGCCCAGGGGAGACCUUAUGGAAACAUCCAGAGCAGAGUGGAGCUGCGGAAGAGGUUGAAAUGCCACAGCUUCAAAUGGUACCUGGAAAACGUUUAUCCUGAACUUCGGAUUCCUGAGGAAUCACUCUAUCAGACUGGGAUGAUCAGGCAAAGGCAGAGCUGCCUGGAGUCACACAAGUCUGAAGCCCAAGAGCUCCCUGCCCUGAGCUUAAAUCCUUGUAUCAGCAGCAAAGGCAUGGCAGCAACAGCACAGGAAUGGGCAUACACAUACAACCACCAAGUUCGUCAGCAGCAGCUGUGCUUGUCCGUGUACACCCUCUUCCCUGGUUCCCAGGUGCUGCUGUCACCUUGCAGAGAAGGUGACAACAAGCAGCGGUGGGGUAAAGUUGGGUCACACAUUGAACACAUAGCUUCACGCUUCUGUUUGGACACUGAGACAACUGGGGACAUGAAUGAGAGCACCAAAGAACUUGUCAUCAACCCUUGCGAGAGCACAGCCAUGAGUCAGCGCUGGGACAUGGUGAUGUCCUGACCUACUUGAGGACUUACACAGAAGGAAUGGGCACUGAUAUGUUGCUACACACAGCCAAGAUGCACCAGAUGGAGCUGAAAUGCAAAACCGUUAGGGUUUCUUAUGGACAGGAAAAUAAUCAUUCAUGGGACAGGAGAAGAAUCAUUUAAAUAAAAAUAAGGACAUGGCACUCCAGCAGAUAUCUGCAGGGCAUGUAGCUAUUGUUGGCCUGUUGGCAGCCACACAUUCGAAGAGAAGAGACAGCAAAAAAACAAGCUUGAAAUGUUUUAGAGGGAUACUGGGGCUCCUAUGACAGUAGAAGAGCCCUGAAAACAAAAAAGACUCAGCAGAACAAGCAUCUCAAUAGCUUUUGGAGGGUGAGGCAGAUGUGCCAGGAGGAAUGUGCCAAGGGAUGCUAAGAAACGUUGCCUGGGAUCAGGUGGAAAACAGUGAAUUAUCUUUGCAUUUUUCAUUGCUGUGGAUGAGUUUGUUUUAUGCAGACACUGUGAUUGGACCUUUGUUUCAUGUUCAAAUUUUUACCUGAUCCUCCACAUACAUGAUGUUUAUAGAGAGAAAGAGCAGUCAUUUAUGGGUAUGGCCAGGAUCAGACCAGGAAGUAGUGGGGAAGUCCUGCUCCAUGCUAACUGCACAUGGGGGUUUUUGAAUCUCCAAAGCCCAUGCAAACAGAGGAUUCAGUGUGUGAGAUUAAAGGAUACAAACCACUGUGAAGCUGGGAGGAAAGACAGUAACAUGAUUAUUUCUCCUCUCUGAAAAGUCGUGGGUGGGUCUUGGUCACUGAAAUCUUCCCUAUACUCUCACUGUGUAUCUUUCAUUAACUCAGAUCUGGAAUAAGUAAAAUUUUUCACUUUUCUUCCAUAAAAGUAUUGGUUUUGGUAAUUGAAGGUAA